GCCUAUGGAGGCGCCGGAGAGCAAGUUCCGGGCCUACGUUUCCGUCACUUCGUCCAUUUGCACGUAGACGCACAUGGUACCUCACCGGCCAAGGACCGCUAGCCUCUUCAUUUUUAGGAGUUUGCUCCGUUGUAGCGACAAAUCAGCCUCUUAGUGCUGUUAAAUGCAAGAUACGGUGGAUAUGGUGGACGACCCCGAGUAUGAAGAGGAGGAGCCUUCCUUCAGCGACCCGGAGGAUUUCUUGGAUGACAUUGAAGAUGAUGAGCUUCUGGUUGACAUCCUGAGGGAGAAGCCACAGGAGGCUGACGGCAUAGAUUCAGUGGUGCUGGUGGACAAUGUGCCUCAGGUGGGCCCAGAACGUCUGGAGAAGCUCAAGAACGUCAUCCACAAGAUUUUCUCCAAGUUUGGCAAAAUCACCACCGAGUUCUAUCCAGAGGCUGAUGGAAUGACCAAAGGGUACAUCUUCUUGGAAUACGCCGCUCCCACUCAGGCCCUUGAGGCAGUAAAGAACGCAGAUGGAUACAAACUCGACAAACAGCAUACGUUCAGGGUCAAUCUCUUCACUGACUUUGACAAGUACAUGAACAUCAGUGAUGAAUGGGAAACUCCAGAGAAGCAGCCUUUCAAAGAUUUUGGUAAUAUGCGCCACUGGAUUGAGGACCCAGACUGCCGUGACCAGUACAGUGUGAUCUACGAAGCUGGAGAGAGGACCGCCAUUUUCUCUAAUGAUGCUAAGGAACCAAUCACAGUUGAAGAGAGAGCACGCUGGACAGAGACGUACGUGCGCUGGUCUCCUAAAGGCACCUACUUGGCCACAUUCCACCAACGUGGCAUUGCACUGUGGGGUGGUGAGAAGUUCAAACAGAUUCAGAGGUUCAGCCAUCAGGGGGUGUCCCUCAUCGACUUCUCGCCAUGUGAGAGGUAUGUUGUGACCUUCAGUCCCCUAAUGGACACCAAGGAGGACCCACAGGCCAUCAUCAUCUGGGACAUUCUGACCGGUCAGAAGAAGAGAGGCUUCCACUGCGAGAGCUCUGCACACUGGCCCAUAUUCAAAUGGAGCCAUGAUGGGAAGUUCUUUGCCAGGAUGACCCCAGACACACUGAGCAUCUACGAAACACCAUCUAUGGGUUUGCUUGACAAGAAGAGUAUCAAGAUUACUGGUAUCAAGGACUUCUCAUGGUCUCCUGGUGACAACAUCUUAGCAUUCUGGGUACCUGAGGACAAAGACAUCCCAGCCAGAGUGACUCUGAUGCAGAUGCCUUCCCGUCAGGAGAUCCGGGUCCGCAACCUCUUCAAUGUUGUCGACUGCAAACUGCACUGGCAGAGAAAUGGAGAUUACCUUUGUGUCAAAGUGGACAGGACUCCCAAAGGAACACAGGGUGUUGUCACCAACUUUGAAAUCUUCCGCAUGAGAGAGAAGCAGGUUCCUGUGGAUGUGGUGGAGAUGAAGGAAAGCAUCAUAGCAUUUGCAUGGGAGCCCAAUGGCAGCAAGUUUGCUGUUCUGCACGGAGAGUCUCCCAGAAUCAACGCCUCAUUCUAUCAUGUCAAAAACAAUGGCAAGAUCGAGCUCAUUAAGAUGUUUGACAAGCAGCAGGCCAACAGCAUUUUCUGGAGCCCACAGGGACAGUUUAUGGUGCUGGCUGGACUCAGGAGCAUGAAUGGAGCUCUUGCUUUUGUGGACACGUCAGACUGUACCAUGAUGAACAUAGCAGAGCACUAUAUGGCUUCUGAUGUGGAGUGGGACCCGACAGGUCGCUACGUCGUCACCUCCGUCUCCUGGUGGAGCCACAAGGUGGACAAUGCGUACUGGCUGUGGACAUUCCAGGGCCGUCUUCUUCAGAAAAACAACAAGGACCGCUUCUGCCAGCUGCUCUGGAGACCCAGACCUCCUACACUGCUCAGCUCAGAACAGAUCAAGAUGAUCAAGAAGGAUCUUAAGAAAUAUUCAAAGAUCUUUGAGCAGAAGGAUCGUCUCAGCCAGUCCAAGGCUUCGAAGGAGCUGGUGGACAAGCGCAGGGCCAUGAUGGAGGAGUACCGUCACUACAGAGAGUCAGCGCAGCAGGUCUAUCAAGAACAAAAGAGCCUUCGUCUGGAGCUCAGAGGAGGAGUGGACACAGAUGAGCUGGACAGCAACGUAGACGACUGGGAGGAGGAGACCAUUGAGUUUUUUAUCAACGAAGAAAUCAUUCCCCUUGGAGAUCUUUAGUCCCCUACGCAGUCCAUCCGUUUUUGUGUGGAAGGAAGAGAGAGGAAGCAUCAUUGAUUGGAGGACUAAGGCCACGCCGUGAAUCUCGGGCUGUAUCACAAGCCUCAGCGUUCAGCUUUAGUGACAUCAUUAAAGCACGCCUUCCAGAUCAGCAACCACAUCGAAGGACAAGAGAAAACUUUGUAUUGAAUAUUUUCUCUCUUUCACCAUCAUCCCCAUUUUUUUUUCCUCUGUGGAACUUGAUAUUUAGUGCUACUGCCUAUUUUUUCUUUUCAUUAAUCAAAGUCACUCACUCUCAAAUCUUAGCUCCGUCUCUUGCUGGACCUUCUUCUUCCUCCAGGGAUUGUCUCUGAACAAGCAGCAUCAUGCUAGUGUGUUAUCACAGGGCAGCACAGAGCCCCAAACCAGCAGGGAGUGGAGGUGUUGUAACUAAACAAGCAGCCUCGUUAAUAAAUGUGCUUAUGUGGCGCUAUAGUGGCCUGUAUCCUCCUCCUUUCAGAUUAGGCUUUCACACAGGGAGGGGUUGUGAAGUGGGAAUAACUUUAAAUAAACAUUCAAACUCAUUAGCUGA